GCUGAUGACUCCAAGAGCUCUUAUCGACGGAGUCGUUUGGCACCUCGAUGUCGACUCAUCACAUCCUGGGGUUGAAGAAGGUCCCAAGGGUUCGGUUGUUCGCCGAUGAAAGUGGUACGUGAGUUGGGUUUAGAACGUCGUGAGACAGUUCGGUUCCUAUCUACCGUUGGUGUUAAAGGGAGAACUGCGAGGAGCCAACCCUAGUACGAGAGGACUGGGUUGGGUCAACCUAUGGUGUACCGGUUGUUAUGCCAAUAGCAGCGCCGGGCAGCUAAGUUGGUAUGGAAGAACUGCUGCGCCGCGGGAAAUCCUUCUCUAUACAAGUUCUCGUACGAGGUUUUUGAACAGAACUUCGAUAGGCGAGAGGUGUAAGCACCGCGAGGUGUGAAGCGAUCUCGUACUAAACGAAUGGAACUUUCCAACCUUCGAGAAAAGGUCCCAUCCUUCAAUAUCAUGAUUGGGUCAACCAGGCCAGAUCAUAAGUGAAAUAGUUUGAUCGGGUCGACCAGGUCAGGCCCGAUCAUGAGAAUCUCUUGUUUAAGCAAUGACAGUCUCUAUUAACAUGCUUUUUCUAAGUAGUAUCUUCUUUAUACCGUGCCUACAGGGUGUCAUUUAUUUGAUGGAAUCGUCCGGCCAGAAACGGGGAAGAAUCUCUUCUGUCGUAGAGGCCUCGUCGAGUGCUCCCACUCCGCCAAAAAAAGAAUAUGAUAUAAAAAAGAUAAGCGGAUAAAAGUGUCCCACCAAGACGCCGAUGAAAGACUUUGCAACGAAUUCAGCAAGUGUAUCAUUGAUGAAGAGCUCGUCAAACUAUCGAAAGAUAUGUUCUAAGAGUACAUACCACACCUCUGGGCGCCCGGGCCGACCGACAGGCUGAGGGCAAUGGAGACAAUCCGUUCCGUAUAGAACAAAGGCGGUGAUCCAUUCUAAAAAAGGGAGGAAGAGAGAGAUCUCUCGUUAGGUCUUGGUGAUGACCGCCGGAGGGGGAGUACGAGAAGGCGGACAUCUGGCUGCUAUCAGUCGGCUGGCGAGCCUAACCCUACGGGGUCAGGAGGCCGAUACUGUAGUAGUCGCUCCCUGCUAUGAUCCCUCCUGCCGAGAAGGGUGGAAGGACAGGGGAGCACGCCAACGUCUCGAUCAAUAGGAAGAAAAGGGAGUCUUUUUUUUCCUAUUCCUAUUUAUUAGAAGGAAAUCUAUGAUAUAAUAAUAUAGGGAGGGAGUCUUUUUCUGUCUUGAGGGUUUUAUUUGAAAUCAAAAUCGAAAUGCCUCAACUUGAUAAAUUGACUUAUUUCUCACAAUUCUUCUGGUUAUGCCUUCUCCUCUUUACUUUUUAUAUUCUUUUUAUUAAUAAUAAUAAUGGAAUACUUGGAAUUAGCAGAAUUCUCAAACUACGGAACCAACUGCUUUCGCACCGGGGGAACAAGAUCCGGAGCAAGGACCCUAAGAAUUUGGAAGAUAUCUCGAGAAAAGGUUUUAGCACCGGUCUCUCAUAUAUGUACUCCAGUUUAUCCGAAGUAUCCCAAUGGUGUCAGACCGUCGACUAUUUGAGAAAAAGGAGGAAAAUCACUCAGAUCUCUGAUUUCGGAGAAAUAAGGGGAUCUUUCUAUAUCGACAUAUCAGUUGGAAAAAUCAUAGGCAAAUUCCUACCGGUCAGAACAUGCCUACCUCUUCUAGUUCUAUUAACAGCUACUCGGUGCUUUUUGCUAUGGCAAAUAAGCUCUAUCCUUUAUGCUAUUAUUGGCCUUGUCGUGGGAAGCCUGACACCCUGUUUCGUUGGGGACUUCAGUCCCUCUCUCUCCAAUGUGGGUUUCUGUGUAAGUCCUCCACAACUUCCGGAUUCCCCCGGAGCUAUGGUUUCAUAUUCCUCCUUUAAAGAAAGCACAGGGGAGAUUGAUGUCCUCAUGGAGGACACAAGUAUGUCCACAGGGACAGGGGAACAAUCCGUUAACCAGACAUUUCGGGAUAUCGAAAAGGAACAUUUCGAACAGCAACGCCACCUAUGUAUAAGGGAAAUAAAGGCGGAAAUGCUACAGCAAUACAAGAAGGACGUUGGAAAACGUCACUUCUUGAUGAAAAUCUCCUUUUCAUGCUACAAUGUCUUCAAUCAGGGCAGGAUGGAAUCUGAUAUUGAUUCCAUAUGUCACGAUUUAGAAAUUUACGAAUUCUCUUUACCAGAUCUCCAAAAUUUUCUCUUUGAUAUAAAGAAAAAUAAAAACUUACUUAAUUCUUUUUUUUUGAACGCUUGGCCUUAGCCGCCAACUCCCAGUUGGUUCGCGCCUUGACAAGGUUCAUUCAAAGAAAGGAAGAGGAUGCUGAAAUCGUUUUCGUGGCUUGAUACCUGGGGGGCGGAUAAAGUGAGGAGGUGUGUGGGGAGGCGGCACCUCU